AUUGGUAACAGUUCUAUGUAUCAAUUUCCUUGAAAUUCGAAUAGUGGACACUGGUAUCUUCUAAUGAGGUAGUAUGCCGUACUCACUGAAACUGCAUCAUUGCAAAUUGUAUGGCUUAUGUCGGCUGCAUUCCAAGCGUCUCAAUCAUCACUGAGUUCCCAAGUAGAGAUUCCAGGUCUUCUCAUCUGGCGGAGCUGAGGUCUAUGGUCAGUCAUGAGUUGACUGAAGGGGGUUUUGUGUCGGUGAACCCAAGGUUCCCAGCGAAUCUGUCAUUCUAAGACCAUAAGUAUCCCCGUUCACCUCGCACUUAGAUAUCUGGAGCCUUUGGUUCAUCCAGACUCUUUCUGAUUCAUAGUACACUAUCAUUUACACCCAGUGGCCCGCCUUCCAACGGCGCAUGUCACUAUACAUUGCACAAUGACUGCCCCGGAAUCUCUUCCCAUCACCCACAAAGCACUCAAAGUAUCCGGGCCUGGACAUGUCACCGUGUCCGAGGAUGCCUUGGUACCAUCAGCGGACCGAUACGAGCUGCUCGUACGCGUGGCGUGUGUCUCGAUCUCCCAAGUCGACUGCAAGUCUGCCGACCUAUCCCCCACGCCCGGCGCAACCAGCGGCACCGAUUUCUCUGGCGUCGUGGUCGCUCUAGGCAGCAGCGUCGACGCAGAGAUUUGGCAUGUGGGCGAUCGAAUCAUGGCCGGCAUCUUUGGCAACAACCCUCUUCAGCAGGACAACGGUGCAUUUACCGAACAUGCCGUCGUACCCGCCCGCCUGGCCUGGAAAGUCCCAGCCAGCAUGGACUUUGCCACUGCCGCCUCAUUGCCUGCCGCCUUGGCUACUGUCGGGUUGUCUCUGUUCCAGUACAUGAAGAUGGCGAUGCCAGAUGCAGCAACAGGCUCUCUGCAGCUCAGGUCGAUCAAGGAUUCAACAGCAGCAGCACCCGCAAGCCCGGCAACCUACGUACUGGUUUACGGAGGUGGCACGGCAACAGGGGCUAUGGCGAUCCAGGUCCUCAAGCUGCUAGGCCUCACACCCGUCACGACGUGCUCGGCAUCUUCAGCAGCACGAUCCCUGGAGCUCGGCGCCGCCGCGACCUUCGACUAUCGUUCGCCCAGCUGCGGCGCCGACGUGCUGAGCUACACGCAGGGAGCUCUCACGCUCGCGCUAGACUGUAUCUCGGACUCGGACUCGAUUUCGACAUGCUACAAGGCCCUGGGUCCCGCCGGCGGUCGCUACGUCGCCUUGGACCCCUUUCCCCUGCGCGGCCACACGCGCCGCAGCGUCAAGCCGGACUGGGUGUGCUGCUACACGCAGUUCGGGCACGAUGUGGCCUGGGCCCCGCCGUUCGACCUGGACGCUCGCGUCGACGACCGGAUCUGCGCCGAGGCGUGGUAUGUGCUCGCACAGCGGCUACUCGACGAGGAUCUGGUUGUGCCGCAGCUGUUGGAGGUGCGCCGCGGGGGGCUGGCGGGCGUCGGCGAGGGUAUGCAGGAUGUGCGAAGGGGUUUGAUCAAGGGCAGAAAGCUUGUGUAUCCUGUUGCCGAUAUUGCGGUAUAGGUGUUCUCCGUAUUCGAGUUGAGCGAGUAAUUCUACAUGUAUCCGUAAAGUCCCCCCGGUUGAAGAUGCAGGUGUAACCGUG